GCCCUGCCUGCAAACUGCGCAUGCGCUGAGCGUGAAGCGGAAGAAAGCAUCAUGUCGAUAGAAGACCCGUUUUUCGUUGUGAAGGGGGAGGUGCAGAAGGCCCUCUCUCGUGCACGGGGCCUGUAUGAUAGAUGGGAGGAGCUGCUGCAGGAUGGGACUCAGGUGAGUCGGGAUGAGCUGGACUGGAGUGCCAACGAGCUGAGGAACUGUCUGAGGGCCAUAGACUGGGAUCUGGAGGACCUCAGUGAGACCAUCAGUAUCGUGGAGUCGAACCCGGGGAAGUUCAGACUGGGCGACAAUGAACUUCAGGAGAGGAGAGACUUUGUGGAGCGAACCAGGAAAUCUGUCCAGGACAUGAAGGAUCAGUUGUCCAGCCCUUCCGCUGUGGCUCUGGCAGAGAAGAAGAACAGACAGGCUCUGAUGGCUUCGUCGGGUCAGGACAGGUCAACAGGACUGGAGGCUCAUCUGGUGUCGGCAAACUCCAGAUAUAUCCAGGAGCAACAAGAACAACAACAGCUGAUAAUGCAGGAGCAGGAUGAGCAGCUGGAGCUGGUGUCAGGCAGCAUCAGAGUCCUCAAAGACAUGUCGGGACGGAUCGGGGACGAGCUGGACGAGCAGGCCGUCAUGUUGGGGGAUUUCGGAGACGAGAUGGACCAGACGUCGUCCCGCAUGGACUCAGUCCUGAAGAAGCUGGAGAAGGUGUCUCAUAUGACCAGCAGUCGGAGACAGUGGUGCGCUAUCGGCGUGCUGGUCGCCAUCAUGAUCGUGGUACUCAUCCUCUUCUUCGCUCUCUGAUGCCAGUGACCUCCGACCUCUCGUCUACGCUCAACCACUCCCCCUCCCCACCCACCCACCCCGUUCGGAUGGACGGACAAAUACAGGAUGAGGGACGCGCCUCUUCUCCUCCUUCCCUUCCCGUCGUCUCCUUCCUCGCUCACUCGGAGGAGAAACCGGUGACCUGCAGAGAGACGUUCUCUCUCUCUCUGCUUUUAAUGAUUCUAGUUAAAAAAAGACAAAAAAAAAAACAACUAGUGAAAGAGCUUAGCACAGAGAAAACCCCAGUGCUAUUAUGUAUUUCAUACUGGUGCAUUAUUGUUGGAAGUAGCGGUACUAUGGGAGGUCAGGACAGGAGAACAUGCUGCUGCUGUCAGGUUGUAAAAACAAAUCAAAGAUACUUUCAGGUUUAUUAGAAAUUUACACCUCAACGGCGGGAAAAGUUGUUGAUAAAUCAGUGAACGUUAUCGUAUCGGACGGUAACUUUAAGAAACGACAGCAAUUAAACAUUUCAUUGUAGUUUUUCUGUCACUCGUAAUUCGACAAAUGUUGCACUCCAUUAACAAAACAAACGAUCUGUUGCGAAAAUAGUUCGAAAAAUAUUGACUUUUUUAUAGUUUUCACAGAAAAGCGAAGCAAAAAUGUACAUAAAGUGUUGCUGACAGUAACUGAAGCGACACAAUCACUAUGUGGAUUAUGGUGAAACGUAAUUGUUGGCAAGUUUAAAAGCCAAAAAAGUAGUUUCCAGAGAAAACUAUAGAAAGAUAAGGAUGGAUUUAUUUACUCAAGAAAAACACAACAGUUAUUAACGUCUUUAGCCUGCAGGAGCAGUAUUGAAGGGAAGAAAUUUGGGGUUUUUUUCAGUGUUGCCUUAAAUAUAUUUUUAUACCUUGGUGAUAAGUGCAGUAUGUUCAUGUGCCUACAUGUGAAUCAGGGCGGGAAAUCGACACCAAGUACGAGUCAUCAGUUUAAAAUCAGGAACGGGUAGCGACGGUCGGCCCGAAAGUCUGCAGGUUUUUCUUUCAGUUCAAUAUAUAAACAGCAGCUGAUUUCACUGAUGGACUAAACUUCCAGUCCAGAGAGGAAGAGUUAGUCACCGCUCAGAUCAGCUGCUGUGGUUCGUGUGUGUGGUCAAAACAAAAAAACAUGCAGACAAGCGACACCGGGGCUGCCCGUCCUUGAUACUUGAUGCUGGUUUUCGCUCUUCUGCGGGCCACUUUUUUUUUUGGUCAUUUCCUGCCCUGAUGGUGAUCCGUCUCGGUGAGGUGAAGUCAGGUCUGCAGCCGGCCGCCUUCGCGCCCCCCCCACCCCCCUCGCACGCAGUAAAGCACAGAGAUUGGCUGAGGCUUUGUUACUCUCACUGGGUGAUGAGAGACAACCUUGGUUCAGAGCGAAUGGGGUUUGCCUGUCUUAUUGAAUAGCUUUAGCUAAUGAGAGGAGGAACAGUUGCUGGGCAGGAUGUCUCAGCACGCAGCGCAGAUUCAGGCUUACAGCUCCCUCUGCUGGACGCUGUGGGUCAUGUGAUUUUUCUUUGUGUCAUGUCAGGUAACGCUACCCUCAUUGGAGGGGGGUUGUGUUGCAGUGCUGUAUAAAUAUAAAACAUGACGCUUUACUUUGAAUUUUUGUGUAAAUGAACGUUAUUACUGUACAAAGGCUUUAUGCAGACUCAAAUUUAUAUUUAAUCCUGUGUGAUCCAGAUUUUUUUUUUUUUGCUUUUGUCACUCGGUUAAAAAGAGAAAACUUAUAACUUUUCUCUCCAAAAACACUCAGCGGUCAGAUGCCCUUUGCUUGACGCGGGUAGGCGUCACGAUGAUGAAAGCUCCCUCCCUGCCAGAGCUCUGUUCAUGUGUGCUUUUAUAUAUUCAAGCGCUCAUUCCUUAAAUGCUCCAGUGUGGAAAAUUAGCUGAAUACUUGGAAUAUGGCUGCGCAGUAAGACUUCUGCACACAGAAAUAGAGGUUUUGGGGGGUUUUAAAGGCAUCUUGAAACAGACGAAUUUUCUGUUUUACAGCAGGAUACCAUCACAGCUCUAGGAGAGAGUAUUACAGUGAGCUCAGUCUUUUUGGCUUGUUUCCAGAUCUGGGUCCUAAAAAAAAAAAAAAAGAGGUUUUACAGUGUUUGUUUUAUCCAAAAUGGAACAGCACAAGGGCUGAUUUUAAUGCAUCAAGGCAAUAGAUACACUGCAGUUGUCUCUAUGUUCCUAUUAAUCAGUUGCUCUAAGUAAUUUAAAACAAAAUUAACAAUUCAAAAAUGCUUUUAAGUCCUGGUCCGGCUGCUAAAAACAGAGCAGAUCGACAUGUGAACAUGUUAGUGAGCUGUGUUAGUUGCAGGAAAGCCUAAACGCUGCAGCUUUUUUAUUGUUAACUGUAUGAAACACAUGGAUCCUUAAUAGCGAAAAACCGACUGAUUCAUAAACGGUACCAACUUUUUUUUCCGGUUACAUUUGUUUACACAUGUUGCGACUCGUCCUCACAUUAUCUUGACUUCAUCCAA